UUGCACCAGGAUAAAUCGAAUGAACUUUUGUAUUUCAGAAUUUUGGUGAAGAAAAACACCGGUAAGAAGAAAGAUGAAGAAGAUGCAUCUCAGUCAUUUACGUAUAUUUCUUCGUUUACAGCGCAGUUACAGGAGCUGGAUAGCAUUGCAAAGCAACACGAAGUAUGUUAUCAGUUGAUCAUAAUGUCGCUGCUUGAAUUACAUUCUAUAUUUGGGCUCUCCUUCUUGCUUAAAUUUUCGGCUGUAGAUAUAUGGAAACUGCGGUGUAGGAUAGAUUUUUCUGUGAUACUUUUUAGUAAAGCAUUCAAAGAUGCCGAAGUGGCAUAUAUCAAAUAUGAUAAGGCUGAAAAGAAUAUGGAUCUAUCAAGAGCCGAUUUAGAGAGAGCCAAAAGCAAUGCGAAUCAGAGAAAUCAACAGUGUGAAGAAGCUAAAAAAAAUUAUGCUCAUGCAUUAGAGGCUGCUAACAGUCAUCUCUCUACUCACUACAGUAACAUGCUUCCGGCAGCACUUGAGCAGUUGCGGCUAGUCGAUGAGGAAAGGAUAAUCGAAACCCACAAAUUUAUGAUCCAGAGUAUAGAAUCAGAAGUGAAAGUUAUGGCAAUAAUGCAGCGAUGUUAUGAGGACAUGACGAAUGCUGCAAAUCAAAUUUCUUCUAAUACUGAUUCUGCCGCAGUUGUGGAACAGUUCCGAACGGGUUAUGGUCAUCCGGAGGCUUUUACCUUUGAAGAUCUUGGUUCUCCAGCAGCAAAAUUGUCUGGUGAAGGAACCAGCACAAUUGAUACUUUGAAAAGGCCAAGGAGAGAUGGAACUGCUACUCGUGUACAUAGAAAAGCAAGCGGUUUAUUCAGGGGAACUGGAAAGAAGGACGGAACGAUUGAAUCUUUACCUCCUCAACAGCGUUGUAGAAGAUUAGUAAAGGAGAUGGAGAAAAUACAGAAGGAUAUAGAAAAGAGCGAACAGAGCUGUGAUGCUCUCCGGAAAAUGUUUCAAGUUUAUACUUUUGCAAUGGUCAAAAAGCGCGAAAUUGGAGAAAUGGAUACUGCAUUGAGAGCGCGGGACAAUCCGAAACUGGGAAAUGCGAAAGCUGUUGAGGCAGAAAUAGCUGUGCAUAAGAAGAAAAUUGAUUCCUUGAUGCCUCAGUUGACCAAAUAUAAGGAAAUGCUAUCUGCCGCUCAGACAGAGUUAAAUGUACCUAUUUCUGCGUUGAACUCUGGAACUCCUCGAUCAGUUGCUCGCCCGUCUUCUGGAAGGAGUACUCCAUCACAAGUUUCACCUGGUCAUAGUGGAACGAUAUCUCGCCUUUCCAGUGCCAAUGUUCAAAGAGGAUCUUAUUCUGGUGAAUCUGCUUCGUCUUCCGGUUCUUUUGGUAUUUCUCCCUCCCCGAAUCAUUUGGUCGAAGCUCAGCACUUGGAAAAAACGCCAGUUUCGACCGGUGCCCCACUAGCAGAAAAGGCUGAGGUUUAUGAGGAGGAGGUUGAUGAGUUGCCGGUCUUAGGGAUGUGCAGAGCUUUGUACGCGUUUGAGGGUGGUAGCGAGGGCACAAUGCCUAUGAUAGAGGGCGACGAGAUGGCUUUAAUUGAGAGAGAUGAAGGAGAUGGCUGGACACGUGUAAGGAACUUAGCUACCGGAAAGGAAGGAUUUGUUCCUACAACCUAUUUAGAAUGUAGGUGGUAUCCUGAAAAAUGA